AUGAAACGCAAGGCGAAGGCUGCGGCUAAGAAGAAGCAACCCACCAAGAAGCAGAAGAAGACGGACGUGGAUGUCGCCGACGCGCAGGGCGACACUGGCGACACCUCUGGGGGCGCCAACGACGAAACCCAGCCUCUGGUGACCCUCUGCGACGACAUCCUCUUCGACAUUCUCCCAUACCUGGACAAUACUACACUUCUUGCCGUCCGCGCAACCAGCCGCCGCUUUGUCAAGCCCGCCGACGAGCUCCUCGCGCGUCAUGUGGUCUUGCAGCGUCUCCACCGCAAGAUGUACGCAGCUGGUGACGACGUUGCGCCCCUCGUGUCCCUCCGCACACCCUCCAGUGUCCUCCCUUCCUUCAAGCCCAGAGCGUACCCUACGACCACUCCCAGGCAGCCGAUUCCUAACAUCAGCCUCGAUGGCGAGCGUCCAUUCCCCAAACGCAAGGUUUACCCAAAGGGCGCCUUGGACAGGGCCUUGAAGAAGCUCGGCGACCGCAACCGCCCGGGAUGGUCGGCGCAAUUUGUGCUUCGAAAAUCGCAGUGGAAGAAGUUCGAAGCCGCUCGUCUCCGCCUUGCAAAAAUUGAAAUGGAGAUAUUUGAAGAGGCGUACAUGGACCGCGAGGAUGCCUACGAGGCGUGUCUUGAAGACUUCUACGAGAAUGAGGAGCGUAUCGAACAAAUGCUCAACCCCGCCAAGAUUAUCGACAUUAUCGGCUUCUCGGUUGACCACUCCAUUCUAGCACCUCUGAUGCCUAACCUCGAAUACGUACGCCUUGUGGACGAUCAGGGAGACUGUCGCUACCACGGACAAGGACAAUGGCGGUACCCGGAUGGACGCCGUCAAGAAGCCUCCUCCCUGGCUGCGCCGACGUACGUCGUCUCGCCGAACGUCGGAUUCCACCCACCCUCCGAAACGCGCCGCGUUAUUUUCCGAGAGGAUUAUUCUGCUGGAACAAAGGUCCAAUUUGCCAAGUUUGGCAACCUGAAGAAUGUCGAUGAUCUUGCUGUCGUCUUCAACAAGGUCUGGAAUAAGCCAAAGUCUUGUUGGAACUGGUACAAGCCCCAGUACCACAGCCCUACUCCGUCCGACGGCAUGAGCGGAAGCCAGGCUGAUGCGGUCGAGUCCAUCGCCAAACUCCUUGUCAACCGGCUUGCAUUCAACUACCAAGAGGAUGCCCGGGAUGACGAGGGUAAGAAGAAGCGUGACGAUCAUGUCGCUCGUUUGGUCAACUUCCGCUUUGUUCUCGUCGGAGCGAUUGAGAUGAUCAACACCAUCACGGAUACCAUACCCAAAUACGGAGCAACCCAACCGGUCUGGUUCAAGAUCUUCACUCCCCAGUCAUUCAAGGAGGUCCUCAAGAAGCGGAUGCUAGCUGUGUCUAGAACGUUCUCUUGGAUGAACGACCCCAACCUCGUCACCAACGCUUCAAACUUUGUUGACACCAUGCUCAUGGAGACGGUUGAGGAGUGGCGUGUCCGCGUUCCCAAGGUCGAGUACGACCUGGCAACCUCGCCCAUCAAGAUUGACGCCGACUAG